CGUCAUGUCGGCUUUGAAAUAGGCAUUUCUCCUAAUACCGUUCAUAAAAUUUUAAAAAAACAUAAAUUUCAUCCAUACAGGCCUGAUUUAGUUCAACAUUUACGCCACGGUGAUGCUAAACGUAGAAUUAUGUUUAUUUCUUGGUUGGUAACUCAAUUAGAAAACAAUCCUUUUAUUUUAAAUUACAUAUUAUGGACAGAUAAAUCCAAAUUUACCAACAACGGAGUAAUAAAUAAACAAAAUAAUCGAUAUUGGGACACUCAAAAUCCCCAUUGGGUUUUUGAAACAAAUAAUCAAUGUAUCUGGGGAACAAAUGUUUGGUGUGGUUUGAUUGGAGGUAAAUCGGGACCUUAUUUCUACGACGGUACAUUAAAUGGAAGACUGUAUUUAGAAUUUAUAAUGAAUGAGCUACCGAUCAUGCUAAACGACAUUCCUCUCGCAACAAGAAACAAUUUGAUUUUGCAACAAGAUGGAGCCCCGGCACACAAUGCAAACGUCGUGAAGAAUUAUUUAAAUUAACAUUUUGAAAA